CACACACACACACAGAGACACACACACACACACACACACAGACACACACACACACACACAAUCCGAGCUGGACGGUGCCUAGAUUCACCCACACACACCCACACGGGUAUCUGUGUGCAUCACCCUCAGCCCGCCUCCCAUUCUAUAAAAUCCAUCUCCCUCUCCAAAUCAACAAACACACACCAUUUUCAUCCUAACUUCACAAAAAGCGUAAGCACGACUUUCCCUAAAAGUGGAGGCGGAAAAUCAAAAUCAAGAAAAAGCGUCAAUUAUGCAGAGAGUCAAAGGGUGGUUCAAGGCCAGCUUCGAGAAGAUCUCGAGCGCGGUCGCCAGCGUCGGAAAUGAAGGCAAGAGACUAGCGAAAGAAGAUCUGAGAAGAGUCGUCCACGCAUUCAAAGUCGGGUUAGCCAUAGCCGCGAUCUCUCUGCUCUACUACUUCGACUUCUUCUUCGACGGAUUCGGUGUCAACGCAAUGUGGGCCGUCAUGACCGUCGUCGUCGUCUUCGAGUUUUCCGUUGGAGCGACUUUGGGGAAAGGAGUGAACCGAGCGCUCGCGACGUUGCUGGGCGGAGCGCUGGGUGUUGGGACGCACGAUUUGGCCAGCUUGGCACCAGAGAAAGUCGAGGUCAUUUUGAUCGGGGUGUCUGUUUGUAUUAUAGCUGCCACGGCGACAUUUUGCCGAUUCUUUCCGAAUAUUAGGGCAAGAUACGAUUAUGGGUUUCUAGUGUUCAUCCUGACGUUUAGUCUGAUAUCUGUGUCUGGGUAUCGAGACGAUGUCGUAUUUGACAUGGCGUACCGGCGGCUAACCACCAUCUUGAUCGGCGGCUGCGUCGCCAUUUUGAUCUGCAUUUUUGUCCGCCCCGUUUGGGCAGGCAAAGAUCUUCAUCGACACACCGCCGCCAAUAUUGAGAAACUAGCAUGCUACUUAGAAGCUUUUGGACGUGUAUACUUCCAAGAAUCAUACGACAAAAAUCUAGCACAACUCAAAGAUUUCAAAAGUGUACUCAUAUCCAAAGGCACAGAGGACUCAUUGGUUAAUUUUGCGCGGUGGGAGCCGAGGCACGGCAAGUUCCGGUACCGUCACCCGUGGAACCAGUACCUCAAGAUCGGGUCGGGCACCCGGGAAUGCGCGUACAAGAUCGACGCGCUCAAUUGCUACCUCGUCUCGGACGUGCAGACGCCGUUGGAGCUUCGUACGAAGAUCCAAGACUUCUGCACAAAGAUCAGCUCUGAAUGCGCCUUAGCCCUAACGGACGUCGCGAUCGGGCUUCGGACGAUGACUUGCCCCGUGGCCAGCGAGAAACACAUCGCAGAGGCGAAGGCCGCGGGCAAGACCCUAAAGGCCCUGCUGAAAACAGGGUUAUGGCACGACACUGAGUUCCUCGACAUAGUCCCGGUGGUGACGGUGGCGUCCCUACUAAUCGAGAUCGUCGCGUGCACAACGAAGAUCGCGGACUCUGUGGAGGUACUCGCGACGAAGGCAAAGUUCAAGAAACCCGACCCGGAGAUGAACCGGCAGGCUAGUAGGGAGAAGGUGAAGAGGAGCCCUAGUAUUGAAGCAUCACAUAGUGUCAACAUUGUGUAUGAGUGAUUAAUACAUAUGUGGUGGAAAAUAAACAAGAAUCAUCAAUCGCUUUGCAUUUUAGUACAUGUGAAAUAAAUGUAUGUGAGGAGAUUGGUUGAUGUUUAGGGAGUAAUUGUGAAAAUUUUGGAUCUCCUUUUAUUGCUCCCAUUUUGGUGGGACAUUUUGUGAUA